AUUUUCCUGACCUAUCCUCGCGUCGCGCCUUCUCGUCUUCUUCUCAAUCCUGAAAGCAGCAUAUUCUUCUGCAAAAUCCCUCUCUUACUCCCUUUCUUUUUCUCUUGUCUCCGAGAAAUUUUGAUAACUGAAACAUAUGUUUGCCCUAACUUAAUCUUCAAUCUCCUCCCCGCAUAGCAUUUCCCCGAUGGCAUUCCUCGUCCGUUCGCCGGAGAUAUCCACCGUCUCGGCGAGAAUCUUCUCUGAUUCGAAUUCGAAUGUAAAUCAUGCGUUUAUGAGGAGGAAGGUUACGGUCUCCGCAGUUGACGCGAGAAAUUUGUCUGGUGUGAAGAAUCAGAAAUCGAGAUUGUACGGUAAAUUCUCGGCUCCGGUGAAGGAAGACUGCGAGAUUAGCCGAGAGGAAGAAGAAGAUAAGCAGAACUACUACGUGAAUAUGGGUCACGCCGUUCGUUGUAUCAGAGAGGAGUUUCCUUCCUUGUUCUACAAAGAGCCCAAUUUUGACAUUUACAGGGAUGAUAUUGUGUUCAGAGACCCGAUGAACACUUUCAUGGGAAUCGAUAACUACAAAUCCAUAUUCUGGGCGUUACGUUUCCAUGGGAGGAUCUUCUUCAGAGCACUCUGCGUCGACAUUGUUAGUGUUUGGCAACCCACAGAGAACACACUGAUGAUUCGAUGGACUGUUCAUGGAAUUCCUCGUGGUCCCUGGGAGACUCGUGGUCGAUUUGAUGGCACUUCAGAGUACAAGUUCGACAAGAAUGGGAAGAUUUAUGAACACAAGGUCGAUAACAUUGCCAUUAAUUCGCCUCCAAAGUUUCAAAUGCUCACUGUUCAAGAGCUUGUUGAAGCCAUUAGCUGCCCUUCGACACCGAAGCCGACGUAUUUUGAGUUCGGAGAUUCAUCAUCGUCUUCGGAAACAUAUUAAUGCUGUAUAUAGUCUUUUGUGUGUAAUAGAUAGAGUUAAGAUCCGGUGGGACUAAAGUUUGGUGUGUGUAAAAAUAUACAUCUGAUGGAGAAUAAUGAAAUAAACUCAAUAAAUUGAUAUAAACGGUAUAACUUAAAACC